AUGACGCCUGUUUACAUCCAUUAUCGUUAUCAACAACUUUAUUUCAAAGUAUUACCAUCAGACAAAGAAGAUGAACAGUGGAACUAUUUACAUAAUAAAUACUGCGAUUAUGUUUACAAUCUUGUGUUGCAUCAACGAGGAGUUUAUAUUAAACUAGGACAGAUUGCCAGCACUCGUCCAGACAUUAUUCCUAAACCUUAUUUGAAAAAGUUUGCCCAACUACAAGAUGGGGUUCCACCACAAUCAGGAGAGUACGCCAUAGAAAUGAUUGAGAAAGCAUUUGACCAAAAAAUUGACAAUUUAUUUUCCGAAUUUAAUCUAAAAGCAGUAGGCGCAGCUACAAUUGGACAAGCUCACGAAGCCAAAUUGAAAUCAUCCGGAAAAGAAGUGAUUAUUAAAAUUCAAUAUCCUGAAGUGCGACGACUGUUUCAACUUGAUUUUUCAACUUUGAAACGAUUUGUACGAUUAGCUCAACCAGAACACUUACCGUUAUUCGAUGAGUUUGAAAGAUCUUUUCAGAUUGAAUUCGAUUUUAGGCGGGAAGCAAAAGCAUUAGACAUAAUCGGUAAAAAUAUCAUGCCAAAAUAUAAAAAUGUUGUUAUACCGAGACCAAUUCGAAAUUUAUCGUCAGAAUACGUAUUAGUUAUGGAAAAACUAGAUGGAAUCAAGUUGAUUGAUGGUUUGAAAAUUGAACAAGCUAAAAUGGCAGAAGCACAAGGAAAAACUCUUGAACAAUUUGAAGAUGAAAUGAUGAAAAAAUAUCUGAGUGGAGAAUUGUACAAGGAACGAAAUGCACCAUCAAAAUUAUUAGUUCAAACAUACGGAACUCUACUCAAAACGAUAACAAAUAUAGCUAAUUUAUUCAUAGUUAGUUAUAAUUAUACAUUUGGUUGGAUACUUCAUAAAAAAGUUAAAUAUUUUGAACAUCGUGUUAUUAUUAAUCCUCGUGAAAUUAUCGAUUUAUUGAAUGACGUACAUGCGCAUGAAAUUUUAUUAGAUGGUAUUUUUAACGCAGAUCCACAUCCUGGUAAUGUCUUCUUGUUAAAAAGUGGUAAAAUUGGCCUCAUCGAUUUUGGUCAAGUACAAGAAUUGACAUUAGAACAACGUUUGAAACUAGCAAAGUUAAUUGUAUUGCUGGCAGAAGGAACGAGGGAUGAAAUUGUACAACAUUACAGUCAGAUGGGCGCAAAGACUAAGUUUAUGAACCCUUAUGUACUAGAAAAAUUGGCAAGAUUAGGUUUUGAUCGUGAUGAUCCAGAGGUUUGUGAAGGAAUGAAUGCACAAUUAUUUUUCGAAAAAUUAAGUCAGAUAGAUCAAGUAAUUGAACUACCUCAAGGGUAUUUGAUGGCAGCAAGAGUCGGAAUAUUGCUGAGAGGAUUGGGGACAUGGUUACAGAUACCACAUUCAACCGCUCAAAAAUGGUUACCCAUUGCCAAACAAUUACUUGAACAAUAUCGUCUUAGUUCAGGUAUUGAUUAUAUUACGGGAAAAGUUUAA